UUGAGGAGGAUGUGCUACCUUACUAUCAAGGAAAUGGCUACCAUCUCUGAGGAUGUGAUCAUUGUUACAAGCAGUCUGACUAAGGACAUGACUGGAAAGGAAGAUGUGUACCGAGGCCCAGCCAUCAGGGCUCUCUGUCGUAUUACUGAUGGAACAAUGUUACAAGCCAUUGAAAGAUACAUGAAGCAGGCCAUUGUGGAUAAAGUCUCCAGUGUAUCCAGUUCAGCACUGGUAUCUUCCUUACAUAUGAUGAAGAUAAGCUAUGAUGUGGUUAAACGUUGGAUAAAUGAAGCCCAAGAAGCUGCAUCAAGUGACAAUAUUAUGGUCCAGUACCAUGCAUUGGGAGUACUUUAUCACCUUAGGAAGAAUGAUCGUCUUGCUGUUUCCAAGAUGUUAAAUAAGUUUACCAAAUCUGGUCUCAAAUCACAGUUUGCUUACUGCAUGCUGAUCCGAAUUGCUAGUCGCUUACUAAAAGAAACUGAGGAUGGCCAUGAAAGUCCACUCUUUGAUUUCAUUGAGAGCUGCUUGCGAAAUAAACAUGAAAUGGUGGUUUAUGAAGCUGCUUCUGCUAUCAUCCAUCUUCCUAACUGUACUGCCAGAGAGUUGGCACCUGCUGUCUCAGUUCUUCAGCUUUUCUGCAGCUCUCCUAAGCCAGCUUUGAGAUAUGCCGCUGUAAGGACCUUAAACAAGGUGGCAAUGAAGCAUCCCUCUGCUGUUACUGCCUGCAACCUGGAUUUAGAAAAUUUAAUCACAGACUCAAACAGAAGCAUUGCUACCCUAGCCAUUACUACUCUCCUUAAAACUGGAAGCGAGAGCAGUGUGGACAGGCUCAUGAAGCAGAUAUCUUCUUUUGUAUCUGAAAUCUCAGAUGAGUUUAAGGUGGUGGUUGUGCAGGCAAUCAGUGCUCUCUGUCAGAAAUACCCUCGUAAGCACAGUGUCAUGAUGACUUUUCUAUCCAACAUGCUUCGAGAUGAUGGAGGCUUUGAAUAUAAGCGAGCCAUUGUGGACUGCAUAAUCAGCAUUGUGGAGGAGAAUCCUGAGAGUAAAGAAGCAGGUCUAGCCCACCUCUGUGAAUUCAUUGAGGACUGUGAACACACCGUUCUGGCUACUAAGAUUCUACAUUUGUUGGGCAAAGAGGGACCCAGAACACCUGUCCCUUCCAAAUAUAUCCGCUUCAUUUUCAAUAGAGUUGUUCUGGAAAAUGAGGCGGUCAGAGCCGCUGCUGUAAGUGCGUUGGCUAAAUUUGGGGCACAGAAUGAAAGUCUUCUCCCAAGCAUUCUUGUACUCUUACAAAGGUGUAUGAUGGAUACUGAUGAUGAAGUGCGGGACCGAGCUACCUUCUACCUGAAUGUGCUGCAGCAGAGGCAGAUGGCACUGAAUGCUACCUAUAUCUUCAAUGGUCUGACAGUCUCUGUACCAGGGAUGGAAAAGGCCUUACAUCAGUAUACAUUAGAGCCUUCAGAAAAACCCUUUGACCUAAAAUCAAUUCCUCUUGCUAUGGCUCCUGUCUUUGAGCAGAAAGCAGAAAUUACCCUUGUGGCUCCUAAGCCAGAGAAGUUGGCUCCUUCCAGGCAAGAUAUUUUCCAAGAACAACUGGCUGCCAUUCCUGAGUUUAUGAAUCUUGGACCCUUGUUCAAGUCUUCUGAGCCUGUUCAACUUACAGAAGCAGAGACAGAAUAUUUUGUUCGAUGUAUUAAACAUAUGUUUACUGAUCACAUUGUAUUCCAGUUUGACUGUACCAAUACUCUCAAUGACCAACUACUAGAGAAAGUGACAGUGCAGAUGGAACCAUCAGAUUCCUAUGAAGUCCUGUGUUGUAUCCCAGCCCCCAGCCUGACUUACAAUCAACCAGGAAUAUGUUACACUCUUGUUCGAUUGCCUGAAGAGGAUCCUACAGCAGUUGCAGGCACCUUUAGUUGCACCAUGAAGUUUACAGUUCGGGACUGUGACCCUAACACUGGAGUUCCAGAUGAGGAUGGAUAUGACGAUGAGUAUGUGCUGGAAGAUCUUGAAGUGACUGUGUCUGACCACAUACAGAAGGUACUAAAGCCUAACUUUGCAGCCGCCUGGGAAGAGGUGGGAGAUACUUUUGAGAAAGAAGAGACUUUUGCUCUGAGCUCUACCAAGACUCUUGAAGAAGCUGUCAAUAACAUCAUCACAUUUCUGGGCAUGCAGCCAUGUGAGAGGUCAGAUAAAGUACCUGAGAACAAGAAUUCCCAUUCGCUCUAUCUGGCAGGUGUUUACAGAGGUGGCUAUGAUUUAUUGGUCAGGUCCAGGCUGGCCUUAGCAGAUGGAGUAACUAUGCAGGUGACGGUCAGAAGCAAAGAGAGAACACCUGUAGAUGUUAUCUUGGCUUCUGUUGGAUAAGUACUUACUGGGCAAGAUAAAGUUGCAGUAUACUUCCCUCCUGUUUUAGGGUAAUAGCAUGAAUUCCCAAAAUAACAAAGAUUAAUAACUUUGGAGGAGCAAAUUAAAUGUUUUGGCCCUGAGCCAGCAGAUCAAACAAAUGUCUUUGUGCAUGGGUUUUGUGUUUAUUUCCUUCCUCUUUGUCUCGCUUGGUCAGCUUUGGUAUGAUAGUCCAGCUUUGAGUGAUGUUGAAAAUCAGUUAACAGCCUAUAUUCCUGUUGUUUAAAAGUAACCUCAUUAUAUUCUCUCAUGUAAUGUAUGAAAGCCCCUGGCAAUGUUGGAAAAUUUUAUCCCAGAGGAGUAAUGGGGAAGGGGAAGCCAGAAUCCACUUUAUCGUAAUUCAUUUUUAUUAAUAGAAAAUAAACACUUAUUCCAGUUUCAAAGUUGUUAUACUUGAAGUUCCUAAUUCUAAAAUUAAAAAAAAAAGAAUUUAAUCACUUAAUUCUUUUUCUACUAAGACAAUGAGACUGUGGCUUAAAAAAGAGUGUUCAGCACCAUUUGCUCAGGGUCUUUCAAAAUUUGUUGUGAAAGUGUCUAGGAACUUUGCCAUCUGUAAGGUGUAGGAGUUGCUAAGCUGUGUGAGGAAGCCUCUCUAGGACAGACAAUAGGGAGCUAAACAUCACCACAAGUCAGUGUACGUUCAGCACAAUAAUCUGCUCUGUAACAAGUCCCUUUCCCUCCCCUUUCACUCCAGAGGGACAUGCUUCUAAGCACUGAGGUAUGAGGAGUCACAUUAUUAUUGGCUUUCCAGCUAGUAGCGGUAAAUAUCUGGCACAGAUGCAAUUGGUCCUUAAUGUCCUGUGAUUUUAGGAAAUUCUGUAAAUAAUUUGGAUUUAGUUCAAUUUAUUCAGACGUUACCACUCUUAAUUAGGUUUACUACUCUGGCAGGGGAAGGGUCUGCUGGUUUAGCAUUCUUAUAAAACAUAUACAUGUGUAGGCAAAUCAUUGUCUUAAAGUAUAAUUAUGGUACUACAUUAUUUAGACUAGUAUCUAUUUUAACAAAACAUCCACAAUUAAAAUAGCUGAUGAAACUAAAUCCACAGUUAAGACAACAGAUUCACACUCACUUAAGCAAUGUUACUUAGAGAACUUAAAAAAAAAAAAA